CAAAACUCUAAUAGGGCACAAUAAGCUAAAAUAUCUCCAAAACAAUACCAAAUAAAGCCUUAACUACCGUAGGUACAAGAACUCGACAAAAUCUCACAAUUUCACACUGUGCAGAACUUAAUGAAAUAAAAAGCCCAUCUUCCCAACAUCUCUCUCUCUAAUAGUUCUCUCUCUAAUUUAAACACCUUUUCGAGCCACCUAGCCCGGUUCAGCCCAACUGGCUCGUCGGUGUCUGGAGUGGAUCAAAUAUCAUCCCUUUAGCACCGACGAGCCGAAAUUCUUGCUCUACACCUUUUGAUCACUUUUCCUACAAAGGCUUGGAAACAAUUCUUUGCAAAAUUCAACACAACAAACACCUCGUCAAACUCCUUUCCAAAACACUACCUAUGAACCACAUUCACCUCUUGUUUAUCAAGGCACCGAUUCUCAAUUAGAUGAUGAAAUGGAAGAAAAUGUUCCAGACACUCCUCAAUACUCUCCACCUCCUUCAAGAGUGUCUGUGAAUCAAAACCAACCACUAACAAAAGGAAGUCGAAUGUGGUCUGUUGCGGAGGAUGAAGCUCUAAUUGGUUUGUAUCUUCAAUUCAGUGAGGAUGCAAUUGUUGGUACAAGCCAAAAAGCAGCUGCGCUAUGGCGAAAAAUAUCUGCAGCAUAUGAUCAAGCACAGGCUGAGAGACCCCACAUCCUGCCGCCAAGACCUUUGAGGAGUUUGGAAAGCCGUUGGAGAAGGAUGGCAACUGAUUUAAUACAAUGGAGUAGUUGCUAUGACGAAGCUGGUAGGGCAACUGGAAGUGGUUACAACGAAGCAGACCGAAUUAAUAAUGCAAGUAAGUUAUUCUAUAUUUCCUCCAAGCCUACUCCACAUAAUUUUAAUUGUCACCAUGGUUGGGAAAUGGUUAAAAAUGAUCCGAAGUGGAGGACAAAACUGAGAUGGGCGUUGUCAAGAGAGGAAAGAUUAGCUUGCGGUGAUGCUGUCGAGGAUGACAGUAGUGGAAGUGAAAAGCGGUGUAGAACUGAUGAUGAAGAUGUUGUUCACGUUACCGGUUUCACUUCUGGGGGUCUUGCUCGACCUGAUGGCGUUAAAAAGGAAAAGUCCAGGCGUAAUAAGGGAAAAGGAGUGGUUGUUGACGUCUCAAACAUUACCGAGCAAAUGCAGCAGAAUAAUGCUACGAGGGAAAUCGAGGCACAAAUGCGGUUGAAGAAGAUGGAUUUCGACAUGGAAAGGGAAAGAAGGAAGCAAAAACAAGUAGAGCUUCACCAAAAACAAGUCGAAAUUCAAGAGAGAAGGCUUAACUACGAAAUGCUGCAAGAUCUAAUGGCAAAGGGACCGGACCUAACUCCUGAUGAAGAGGCUUACAAGGAAGAAUUACGUGCACUACUCUAUGGUAGAAGGAACAUGUAAUUUAGAUCAGCUUAAUGUGUUUGCUACUGUUUUUAUUUAAUUAAUGUUUAAUGUAGUCCUUUUUAUUUUAAUUAAUGUUAAGAUGUACUCCUUUUUAUUUACAUUAAUGUGAAGUGAAUUAUGUUUUUUAUAACAUUAAUUAUGCAGUAAAUUAUUUACUUUAUGAAAUUUGUUUUUAAUAAAAAUCACAUGUAAU